AGGUCAGAAGUGUGUCAGUUGGCACGUUCGAGUUUGUUUGGUUGAUUCAACAGCACACACACACACGUACUAUAUUCCAAAUCCCGAAAUCAUCUCCAUAAAGCGAAAGGAUGUCCUGCUUGCAGGCGGAGCCCCAGCAGAGGCACUUCGUCACGCGGAGCAGCUAUGAGGGCGCCUGGGACAAGGUGGUCAACGUGAUGGACGGCUUCGGCAGCUACCGCUAUCCGGAUGGCAGUGAGUACCGCGGUCGCUUCCAGCAGGGUCAGUUCCAUGGCUUUGGCCAUCUCCGGCUGGCUCAGCCGUACCGCUUCACGGUGAAGGGGGAGUUCGAGUUCGGCCGUCUGGUCACCGUGGAGGACAUGUGGUUCUCCGACGGUCUCCAUGUGGAGGGUAGCUUCAAAGGCGCCAAGCUGGAGUGCAGUAACUGGGACUACCUGACCCCCAGUGAUCGACGGUAUCACGCCGAACGGCGUUAUGGCCAACAGCCGGUGGGACCCACUGCCUUUGUCACCGGGAAAAUGCUCGCGCGGGACAUUCCCAAGCACUGUUACGAUGUCGAGGAGGGACUGUUCAACAGCAAGACCUGCUGGAUGACCGACCGACCGGGUCCCUUUCGCAGCACCAUGUACCUGGGUUGCAAAAGGGACAAGGAUUGGAUCAAGAAACACUGCCGGAAGGCCAGGAGUUCGUUCAUCAAGGAACCGCCGGCGGGCUUUUGUCGCCGCAUUAUUGCCAACAAUUUGUCCACCGAAAAGUCUCAGGUGCGCAGGACCUCCAUUUAUGCUCCCAAUGGAGCUAUUGAUCGGGAGCGGUACUUCCACAAGCUCACCAAAAAGAGGAACAGCCAAAAGGAGCCACUGCCGAGUGCUCCACGGCGCACAAUAGCUCCAGAUGAUCCCGCCUGGGAGACCGAGAUGUGUGUGCGUGCCUACGCCAGGAUGCUGGACAAACGCCAGCAGGAUCAGCAGGAGUAUCGAAAGAAGCAUCCUUGCGUCAAGUUGGAGCAGGUGGAGAGACCCCGCGAGUGGACGAGCACCUCGGAUGUCCGCAAUGUGGAGUCGGGAGGCGCCUCCAGUUGUCUGUCGGAGAGUUUCGGCGAGGAUCCGUUGCCCCUGAGUCUGGCAGAGACCUACCGAUCAGCCGUUACCAUGAUGCAGAAGCGACCUGCCGAUGCUGUCAAUGUGGUGCAGUCCAAUCUCAUACGGCACAACAGCUACUUGGACAUGACGCGUUCUAUCUUCGAGUUGUAAUUGUUGUAUUCUGUUUUCCAGUUUUAAAUUUUAGUAAACGCCGCUCUUUAGGAAUUCAGUCCAAUGGCUGAUAUAAAAAAUAAAAAUAUAAAUUCAUUAACUUUGUAUGAUGUGGAAUAAAUUUCAAGAAAUGUUAA